AUGGUGCUGACUACGUGGUGGGGCGCGAGCGUGACAACGGAGGUGGAUGAGCGGAACCCCAGAACAGUUUUGAGAUACGAUGCCCACGAUGGCUUUGAGGAGGAGGAUGUGGAGGUGAUCUUUGUAUCUAAAGAGCACUUGAAGGACUGCAGCACGGAGAGUGAACUGCAUUGGAUGAGGGAGAGCGAGUACGAUGAGGACGAAGCGCAAGGUCAGGAUGAAGACCCGGAUGCCCUCAUCUCUAUGGAGGACCUCCUUGAGCAGGCUGGAGGGAUUAAUGCUCCUCCCUUGGAGCAAGAGGCCAUGCAGCGCCUGCAGCAGCUACCCAUGGACCAUCAGCUGCAUCUGGCAGAAGCCUACCGCAACUUUGUGGAGCACAUGGCGGUAACGCUGCGCACCAAGGGGCAGGCAAAUGGCGGCGUUCUGACAGAGGCCCAUGUGCACGAAGCCAUGGGAGAGCUGGCAAGGAAGUAG